AUGAAGCGGCUGGAGAAAAUAAUUAGAGAUUGGAGCCGGAGUCUUUUUGGGUCCUAUGCUUCCAAGGUAGGUAGGUCGUACUGCUGCGAGGGAGAGGAGGAGAAGCUUCCACUCGUUGUGAUCUUUUGUCUUGGAACCUGUGGCCAAGAAGAAGAGGUUCUUCUAUGCUCUAGGAGACUAGAAUCUGUACCGUCUGCAACGUAUCGACCACCGCUCGAAGUGUAUGCCGGAGCUGUAUAUCAUCGCGGCGGAUUUCCCGAAUGCUGGCUAGCUAGAUGGUGUGUCUUGAAUGUUUUGAGGAAAUUGCAGGAAUGGAUGGAUGUUGCGAAAUCGCACUACGGUAUUCAUAUAGAUAGGUGCCAAGAAAAUGUGCAAGUAGUAGUGAUUCUUUCUUUUGAAUCCAAGGCGAUUGGAUCAGUACGCAGGGUAUUAGAAUAUGAUAGCGGAAAGAAAUGUAGCUGUUCUUCAAUCAAGUUGUUUGCCACACCAAACCCACGCUUGCUCGUGGUGUUUCAGAAGUAUGUCAAUGAGUCUUGUUAUAGCGAGCCGUGCACACCGCGGCGUUCUCUGAUCGGAGCCCAGAGAUUUUGGCGAAGCACAGUCGAUAGAAGAAUGAAUCAACGCGCGCUGAAUGUUUCACCAAGAACCGCUAGGGUGCGGAAGUCCUCUCCGCGAUCUCCUGAGGAUGAGGUGAUGAGGACCGUGGCAGAGUCGACAGGCGUGGACAGUGCAAAGAGGUCUAGAUUCCUGAUGUCGAAUCGUCCCCCGUCUUUCGAAGAUGAGAAUCAUGAGAUGCUGAAUAAUUGCCCUGCCCAUGUCUCGAUUGAAAAUGGCGCGUACACUAUCGAAGUCGGUUGCGGAUCGAGGAGUUUUCUUUCGGGGGAAGAGAGACUAUUGAUCCCGUAUGUACAUAUGUGGAGGCACACGCGUAGCGAACAAGAAUUUGCUGCGCGCAUUGCGAAUCACGAAGGUACGGGCAUGGUGAUGUUAGACACAAUGGCACAAGCCCCGGGGCCCGGUGAACGCGAAAUUUGGAAAAUAACACCGUGUACACGCAAAUUUUGGAGUGUACAGUGUAUCGUAUGGACACCGCGGGUAAUAUGGCCGGGUACAGCGGAUAACUAG